AUGUUAGAUGGGAUUUUAUUGGUGAAUGAGAUUCUUGAUUGGUCUAAGAGGAAGAGAAAGGGUUGCUUCUUAUUAAAGGUUGAUUUCGAAAAGGCUUACGAUAAUGUUUCUUGGAAUUAUCUAAGAUUUUUUAUGAAGAGGAUGGGGUUUGGAGAUAUUUGGUUGAAGUGGAUGGAAGCAUGCGUGUUUAAUAAUCAUUUGUCCAUGUUGGUGAAUGGGAGUGCCACGAUAGACUUCAAAGUUCAAAGGGGUUUGCGUCAAGGGGAUCCUUUGUCGCCGUUUCUCUUUGUCUUAGCUAUGGAAGGUUUAACCGCCUUGGUUAGGAAAGCGGUUAACUUGGAUGAUUUUAAACCUUUCUCUUAUGGGGAUGUGGAUCAUGUUGAUAUUGUACAAUUUGCGGAUGAUACUAUUAUCCUUGGUGAAGCAUCUACAAAAAAUCUUUAG